AUGAAAUGCUUGAUAAUGGAGAAGAUGAAUCUGGUUGAUAAUGGAGAAGAUAUGAGAGAAGUUACUAACAGCAAUUUAGAUUGCCACAGGUGACUCACAGUCAAUGGAAAUGGACUAAAGUAAGUUAGUCAAAGAACUGGAAAGGAUCCUGGGUACAAUAAGAGGCAUGUGAGAAAGUGGGAUACGAUCAAACCUUCAAAGCUGUGAAGUUUGCGUUGACAGCAGGCGUCUCUUUCACUUCUCAUUCAUGCGAGUAGGUCGAGUUCCUUCAUUCUUUGGUGAAUUUGCAUCAGACAGCAGACCACAUGACACUAAAGAAAGAUUUACUGUCAAGAAGUUCUACCGAGUGAUUGAGACCGCAAUCAAUCAAUUGGAAGAACGCUUCAAGAGCUACUUCCUAAAAGCCUUGCAUCUCUUGAUAUGACAGAAAUGCGCAAGUAUGCUAAAUUAUAUAUUGUUAAUGAAUACAAUGGAGACAUAUGCACAGAUGGCGUUGAAAUAGCAGAUUACACAGCUGAUUUUAUGGAUGAGAUUGAGUCGUUUCGCUGGUGUUUCGGGAAUCAAUUGAAGCGUAUGUUAAGUGUUUCUGAGGAACUCUACCUGCUAAAAGAUGUGAAUCUCAAUAUCGGCGUUGUCUACUCUUCUGGUCACAGUUAUAAAGAAAUAUCUUCGCUCAA